AUGUCUUCCGACAAGAAACCCACCGAGACCGCCCGUGAGUCCACGGAGGGAGCUCCCAACUUCCCAUCCGAACUUCCCCCACGACCCGCUCAACGACCCAGGUGGUACGAGCGCGUCCUCACAAAGGUGCAUCUAGCUUCUGACAAGCCGGAAGACUAUACGCUGUAUAUCAGCAGGCCGCGAAAAGAGCCAAAGUUCUCCAAGGGCAAUAUCGAUGCCUUUGCGGACCGCCGCAUUAUUAUUCUGCACGGACACCGAAGCAAGUUGUGCGAGUGGUGGUUUUUGGACCAGAAGUCUCGAUUCACGGAUAAAUAUGGAUCCAUACGGUAUGAACUUGAAUAUGAGUGCUUCUCUAUCGAGAAGGAAAAUCUUGAGCUGGAGAGGAUGGACCUGAAACUGAUGAAGGUUGGUGGGCUGAAGGGUGAGGACCGCGAGCGAUUCAUCAAAAUGAUUGCCAACCGGAACCGGGCAUUGGACGAACGUAGCUUGGUCCAGUCCUUGCUCAAAGCUGCGGGCGAAGCUGGCAUCCUGGGGAAGAGUGAUGUUCGUUGUGCCGAGAUUGUUUUGGGCUAUCGGGUUUGUAUGGUGGCCGGGGUAUGGGUAAGCUAA